GAUACAGAUCUUCCAGCAAGCGCUCUCUACUACUAGAACGUCACAGAAAACUAAAGCUCACCAUGCAGCCACGCCCAGUUUGUUCACCUGAUAAAUAACCAACACCAGUCCUUUUCCAAUUCUCAGGGUGUGCAAGGUGGAGCAAUAUGAAGAAUAAUGAAUAUGCAAAUGUGGAAAUUGGCCUGAAGGUAUACAAAGGUAAAAUAAAUAAAUGCUAUCGUGUUGCAGAGUCGAUUGACUCUGUCAAAAACUUCUCAACAAAUAAAUGCUGUGAGUUAAUCAAGAAAAUGAUACCAUCAGUUGUGGAUACUGUUAAAACUGUAACUCUUUCUCAAGAGUUUGCUUCUGACAAAAUACAACAUUAUACAGAGAUAAAUAAGCAAAACACUACUAAUAAAACAUUUAUAGUUUACAUUUCAGAUUUUGUUAUAAAAUGUGAUUUUAAAAUGCCCAGUAUGGCUAUAUUUAAGAUUUCAGAGAAUUCUAACGAGAUAGCAAAAGCAAAACUCAUUAAACACGUACCCUUUAAGUCACCCAAAGACCUCACCGACUAUUUUAAUUCCAACUAUUGUAUGGACCCAAAACUUAAGCAGCCGAGGUUUAAUAAAUACAUUCUUGAAGAAACUUGUAAUUUUGCAAUUUACCCCAAUAAGACAUAUUCUUAUUAUGCACAAAUGCUGCACAUUUUACAAAAUGGAUCAAUUCACAGAAAUGGAGAAAUUCGUACAUACAUUAUAGCAGGACAGUUUAUUUGUUUAAUUGACAGGAGCGACCUGUAUAUUACACCUGUGUUCAGAAUGAAUCACUUUACUGAGGACGGCAACGUUAUUAAAGUGACUGCCAUUAACAUUCCCGAAAAAAUGUCGUAUAAAACAUUAUGUAAUAAGUUUUCCAAGUCAAAAAAGUUCAGAGAAUCUCUCAUUUACUUCAUCAAUGGAGAUCAAGAAAGACUUUUUCAUUGCAUGCAUAACAAAUAUCAUGCAACUGUUUUAGUGGCGGUGUUAAUCUCAGAGGUCAUCAGAAAUCCAAUUAUGUUGUUUAAUAACAUAAUUGCGAUUCAAAUUAAUACAUUACAUACAUUUAGUGAGUUCCUCCAGAUCUUGCCAUCUCUAGCUGGGGGAACCUGGAAGGGUCAAAAAGCCUAUGGUCCUAAAUUUUUAAAAAGAAACCAAGAAUUUCUCAGCAAUGUGGAAUUCAGUGAUUUACCGUUACUUGAUUUGUAUUAAUAAACAAACUAGGAACAUUCAUACUAAUGUUUCAUUGGAUCAGUCUAAAACGUUGCACAUACACUGAUGCUAUAAAGUGGCCAAAAUCUAAAUUGCGCCUGGGCUGGAAUAAUACAUUAUGACCUUUGUCUUGCAUUUUCAAAGAUGAUGGUACAAAAAAUAAUACAAAAGAACGGUUGUUUUUUUCUUUGUACAAUUGGCCCAGCGUUGUCCUGGUUUGGAUGGUGUAGGCUGUCAUUGUAAAUAAGAAUGUGUUCUUAACUGAAUGGUUCAGUUAAAAUUAAGCAAUUUAAAAUAAAUCUAAACCUAAGAAAUUUACAGAGCAAAGCAGUUAACACCUAACAACUGCUCCAUGGAUGGUAAAAAUUCAUAUUCAUUAUUCCCCAUGUUGAUCCACCUUCACCCUCUGGAGGAGCCAGUUGGGGCCACAGAGCAGGCUCCUCCAUCUUCUCCUGCCAACUCUGUCAGUUCACCAGACCCCACAAUGCAGCCUCCACACCACUGCAGUAACAGCCAUAUCUUCACGUCACAAAGCUUCAGUACUAUCUGAAUGUGUUGAAGUACCAUCCAGCAUCCUGUGGCAACCUCAAUGUGAAUCAUGAUCACCACCGACCCGGGCUCCACAGAGGUAGCCUUGGCUCUGCACACGUUCAAGGACACAAGAUUUUGAAGGAUCCCAGUGAGCAAAAUUAAUGGCCUCCAGAGACCAGCACACAGAUGACUCUCAGCACACCAGACCACAGGGACCGAUAAGAUGUGAUUAGAUCUUCAGCAAGAUGUGGACCUCGCCACAUCAUCUGAAGAUAAAGAAAAUAAAGGCCACAGAAGAUAAAGGCUAAUGGAUCUGACAGAGAUAUUUUUUUUUUGAUUUGAUUGGAUUUGUUUUGAUUUGAUGUAAUAUUCUACAUUAAAAAAAGAGACAAAUAUACAAAAUAACUUAUUGAACCAAA